AUGGAGGAGGCGGAGGAGGCGUCGCAGCGCGUGCGGCGCGAGUUUCAGGCGCUCCUAGCUGACCCUGCCGCCCUGCGGGCAACGGGCCGCGAGCUCUGGCAGUCACUCUCCGGCCAAGGUACCGCCAACCCGGUUCCUCUAGUUCUCGGCUGCCUCCUCUCCCGGGCGGCCAGCGCGGGCGCAGCGGUGGAUGAGGAGGCGCUGAGGGCGGCCUGGCCCCGCGAGGAGCGGGGAGACCUCCGCGCCAAGCUGUCGAGCAAGGAUGGGUCCGAGGCUGAGGCUGCCUUCUCCGAGGCCCUCUCCCGCUGCCUGAGCAGCGUCCUCGGUGCUCUGCGUGGCCGGCUGGGCCCUGCCACCGUGGAGGACUUUGCGAGCCUUCUCGCUGCCGACACGCCGCCGCACUGGAUAUCAGACUGGAUCGUGGAGGAGACCCUCCCGCCCGAGGCGGCGCCUCCGGCGGAGGAGCCUGUGCAGCUGGCGGCCGGCGCCAAAGACGCGCCCAAAGAGACCGCCGAAGCUGACACGGCCCCUGCCGCGGAGAACGCUGAGACAUUAGUGAGCUUGGACGAGGGGGCACCCCUUCCCCCGGCGCUGGCGCGCGCCCAGGCGCUAGCGGAGGCUCCCCCUUUCACAGCUGCCGCUGCUGUGCGAGAGCUUGCGCCGCUCCCGACUGAGGGCGACCUGGCGAAUGAGCUGCCUCUGCCGGACCCGACAGUGGCGCCGCCGCGCCAGGAGACCCCGAAGCCUUUGGAAGAGAAGGUGCCGCAGGAGCGACCCGAGGCGCCUAAGCCCCUGGAUCCGGAUGCCCAGGAGGAGGUCUUCGAGCAGACGCUGCCCAGAAGCUCGGGCUCGGGUCGCCCACCCCCAUCCCGGAGGCCGCGGCAGAGUGGCAUCCCCCAGAGUUUGGCGCAGCGCGCGCAGCGCCGGGUGCCGAAGCAGCUGCUGCGCGAAGAGGCCCGGCUCCUGUUGUGGUCCGGCAAGGGGCCUUUCCUGCUCGAGUGCUUGCGCCACCUCCUGGCUGCUGACUUCGCCACAGCCCCCGAGCUCUUCCGCAACGUCACCGCGGGGGUGGCCCCUGACAAGGUGGGCAGCGCAGGGCCUCCCACAAAGGGGUCCCUUUUCAUACGUGUGAUGCUGUCUUUGCCGGGCAGAGCCCAGAAGAGGUAG